GCUCAAACCAGACACAGCGACAUGAUCAUACAUUGAGAACUAGAUGGUCAUGCAUUUUAAUAUACUGAAGAAUAUACUGUGAAGAAUAGGUGGUGGGAAUAGAAGCUUAUAGUAGAGUAGCGACGAAAAAUAUUAAGACCACGUCUUAAACGUGGCUUUGUUAGUUUCUCAAAGAUAGACAUCCAUAGAACUGACCCCAAAAAACCUUGCCCAAGAUGGUGACGCCAGGCCAGAUGCAGAUGUUCAACAAGCCUGAGCCCUAUGAGGCUCAGAUCCUUGGCUCGAAAUACGUAAACCAAUACGAAUACGAUCCCAGCUCCGAUGUCCCGAACGCAGGAACGUACACGAUUCGUCUCCAUGACCAUACACUUGGAAAUGCAUUGCGGAUGGAACUUUAUGAGCACACACUUGGAAAUGCACUUCUUAAAGAUGGCAAAGGUUUUUACAGUGUAAAAUUUACACUUCCUAUAGAUGGAGGAGGUUCUUAUUACACUUCUUAUAGAUGGAGGAGGCUUUUAUCAGAUGGCCACAAAGUACUAGUACUUAGGAAAUUAUGUUUAUGAUGAAGAUGAACUCCAAAGAUCGUACUUCUAAGAUUCUUGUGACUCUUUCGCGCUCGUUGUACUUGUAGUGUACGGCCAAAAAAAAGUGUACUUGUAGUGUACUUGUAGUGUACUGUACCUAGCCAAAAAAUAAAACCUUCAUGCCCAACUCCGAGACAAGCGCGUGCUUUUUGCUGGGUAUCAAGUGCCGCAUCCGUUAUUUCACGAGAUAAAAUUGAGGAUUCAAACAACAGGGGUUUGUACGCCUAAACAAGCACUGUUAAGGCUUGUGAGAAAAUCCAUCUUUCCCAGCAUCUUGUCCUUGGCCUCAUUUUGAAGUACUUAGAGCAUUUCUUCCAAAAUAUUUCACAUCUUUCCCAGCAUCUUGUCCUUGGCCUCAUUUUGAAGUACUUAGAGCAUUUCUUCCAAAAUAUUUCAAAUCUUCUCUACCCCUUCACCCCUGUUUUUUCUGAUAGUACAUGAUGGAUGCCUGCAGAUCAGGCACUUUACAUUUAGAAGAUCUUGACAUCUUCCAGCACUGUUCUCUUUGCUUCCAAAAUAUUUCAAAAAAUCUUCGUUAUUUGGUUUUGCUUUUUGAAAAAUCUAACACUGCUUGAUGCGACAGAACGCUUACUGGUGAGCAGCAACACGAUGCUGGAAAAAUUCUGGGGUCAGUUGAAGGAAUUCGGCAUGCAGUAUGACGAAAAAAGCUUCCCCCGUAAGGAUCAGGGUACAACCCCCGGAACAGGCAGCAGUCAAGCAGCAUUGAUGAGUGGAUUGGGAGCGACGAGUGGGGAUGCUCGAGCGGGAGCAUGAGGAAAGUCGUGGUUGAUCCUGAUACAUCGUCAAGGAAGUGGGUUAAUAUACUUGGAUUUUCAAGGGAUAAUGGUCAAGAAGAGAAGAUGAUGACUUUUUAAUCCAAGUAGGAAACAAGAAAACAACCUAUCCAUCGCUAAUGUGUGAUGUGAUGACUUCCUCAUCAACAAUUGCGUAUCCUCAACACUUGGAGCACAUCGUAGAGCACUCCGUAACAUUUCAAAGUACAACCCGAUUGCUUAUGAGCCUAAAAAUACAGCCAUGUUUAUCUUGCUGUGGUCUCUUCUUCUGCUCUAUCAUAGAGUAAGAGAGUUCUUGUGCUGGUCUGAAAAUUCGUGUCGUGAUGACUUGAUGUUCGAAAUGUUCAAAGUACAUGUACAUGCACUGGCAAGAACGACA